CCAUUUUGGCCCAAGCCUCGGCACUCCUCGACCCAGACAUCCGACGAUGGCCACGCUCGCAGGUAGGGGCCGGGCAGGGCAUGCCGCAGAGGCCGGCGCGAUGUGGCCGCUCUGGCGCGGCCCGGCGCUGUGGGCGCGCGUGCUGGCCGCCGGCCGCUGGGCGCCGCCAGCGCGGGCGAGGCCUCUCGGCACGGGCCGCGGCGGCCUGCCGCGGCUGUACGGCGAGGUGAACGCUCGGAGGCCUGCGGAGUACUGGGACUUCGACCUUGGCACAACAUCGACUGGGGCAACCAGGACGACUACGAGGUGGUCUGCAAGAUUGGGAGGGGGAAGUACAGCGCGGUUUUCGACGCCGUCCAGGUGUCCACGGGGAGGAGGUGCGCCGUCAAGAUCUUGA